GGGCCCGGUAAUGUUUGUUAGACGUUUUUGGUUUCAGAUCCCAUCAUAACCAGAUACGAGUUAGAAAAAAGCCCAAAAUAUGUUCUUUUUCUGCCCCCUCCUUCAAUAGACCUUCCGCCACCUUGCUCCUCCCUCUUCCACCACCGUCUCCACCGUACAGGGUUGUGUUACACCGUUUACAGUCUCAAAAUCAUGCACUCGUAAAUCGGAUAAUACUUCCACCAGUAAAAAUACAUGGGCUAUAAAACGUUUGAGCUUUGGAGCUCUCGAAAGAUGGUAUUUAGCGUAAAUAGAUGCUGCAGGUUUUACAGCUCCGGAUCAUGGAACAGAAUAGACUUCAAAAAGCUAAGGCCGAUGAUUCUGAAGAGAAUUGAAAAUCGGGCCAAAGAUUAUCCCGUCAAAGCGAUGGUCCCUGUUGCCCAAGAGGUUAUCAAGGCCAGAACUACUCUCUACCAAGGCGUCUCCACACUCAUUCAACGCUUUCCCAUUUCGGCGUGCAAGCAUUGCUCAGAAGUGUAUGUUGGAGAGAGUGGUCAUCUGAUUCGAACUUGUGGCGGUUUUAGGCGCAGACCUAAGGUUCACAUUCAUGAGUGGAUUAAUGGGGGCUUGAAGGACAUAUUAGUCCCUGUAGAAGCUUUUCAUCUGCGUAACAUGUUCCAGAAGGUGAUUGAACAUAAUCAAAGGUUUGAUUAUGAUCGCAUCCCUGCUGUUGUGGAGCUAUGCUGGCAGGCUGGAGCUUUUGGGAGUGAUGAAAUUCAAUGCUUUGAUAGUUGUAAAGUGGAUGGUAUUGCUGAUCCUGCUGUUGGAUCGGAUUCUUUAUCAGCCUAUGAUAUCAGUCUUAUUGCUGUCGAAACUCUGAAGGCAUGGGAAAGCUUAAGGUCUGGAGUAGAGAAGUUAUUGUUGGUAUAUCCUACUAAAGUCUGUGAGCAUUGUUCUGAAGUUCAUGUUGGCCCAUCAGGUCACAGGGCUCGCUUAUGUGGGGUUUUCAAAUAUGAAAGUUGGCGUGGGAAACACUUUUGGAGGAAGGCGAAGGUGGAUGAUUUGGUUCGUCCGAAGAUAGUGUGGUAUCGGCGUCCUCAGGAUCCUCCGUUACUGAAUAAUGAAGGUCGGGACUAUUAUGGUCAUGCUCCUGCUGUUGUGGAUUUAUGCACAAAGGCUGGUGCCAUUGCACCAGCAAAGUACCAUUGUAUGAUGAAGUUGGAAGGUUUAACAGCUCCUACAUGAUUCUCAAUCUGCAGAAACCUACUAAACUUGUUGUGAGUUACUCCUUGUUCUCUGGUUGCCUUGAGCAGUGCUUGAUCCACUCUCUCAUUGUGUUGCGCCUCCUCUGACUACUCGGUUAUGCUGGAACCAGCAGGGAAAGUGAUUGCAAAGUUUUCACCCCCUUUUGGAUUUUGAUGGAUGGCUUCAGCUUACAGAGAACUUUUAGAGAAAAGUUGUUAAUGUUUACACUGUUACAUUGAGCUGAAAUUGAUGAAGAAUGCCGCAUGUCUGACUUCUAGACAGAUAAUUGAGGGUCUGGAUAUGCAAACACAUUUUUCCCAGAGGUUGCUAAGAAAUAAGCCUCUUUCCUGUUAUGAGAUAGUUAUUAUAAGGUUGCCAAUGCAGAAUGAGGAAAUUAAGAGCGCCACUCAUGAUUCUGUCUUGUUAAAGUAUGGGAACCAUUUAUUCCCUCAAACCUUGUCUUCCAGAUGAAAUUUGACUCGGUAAAUACCAUACACGGCAGGUGUAAGAUUGCAUAUUGCACAUGUAUAGCUCCAGCAGAGUCAACAUGAUUUCAAGCAGGUUUGAGGUCCUCUCAUGAAGUUAUUUCAUGCUUAGUUUCACUUAAAUUGUAAUCCCAUUUCAAACUGCUGUGAAGAUUGUGUUCGAGAUUUGUACAUCAAGUUGACAAGCGGCCGAACCCCCUUCACAAUUUAUUAAGUCAUCCCAGAAGGGCAAUUUACCAGUAGUGCACACCAGCUUCUGUUCUUCUCAAAGAGGGUAUUGGUCCACCAGAAAUGUUCUAUAUUGCACACAAUAUUGUCAUCCUCUCUAGCACCAUUGCAUUUCUCAGAAAAUAUUCGAAAAGCUUUUGUUCUUCCUCCAGAUGGCAAGAUAUUCGCUAAAUUUUCUCCACCUUCAAGGUAGAAAGCAAACAACGAGGAGAAUUUUCUUGAGCCAGUUUGUGCUGCCAAUUUUGUUGGAAGAAACGACAGUAUGUAACAAGGAAUUGCACAAGGUACAUUGACGAUUCUGUCCCGUGCUUCAAAAGUCAUCUCAUGUUUAGCAUUUGUCCAAGAUAUACCCAAGGUCCAAGUCUUUGUUGAGGCGUAAGUUCAUGUAGUACCUUCCCUUUUUUGUUUCUUGGUGGCCGGAUUUUUGUUUUCCUUUAGUUGUUUUUUCCCUACGGAUUUUACCAGUUCCAUCUUUGUGCAACUGCAUUAUGAUUGUAUUAUAGCAAUACCAAAAGGAACAUGUUUACAAGAACACUAUAGUCUAUUGGCCUUCAAUACAACUGCUUCACGAUUUUGCAGUGGCAAAAUUAACAUGUUCACUAUGACGCCAUAUAGCCCAUUAUGCAACCAGUUCCAAAAUCAACAUAGCCACUCACUUCCCUCAGCGCAAAAGUUCUUUCCCCACCCAAACAACAACAACAACAACAACAACAAACUAACGGGAACUUAGUCAGAUUUGUCGAUAUCAGGGCCUGGGGCGUCACGAUACUAGUCAAUGAUCAGAUUGGCUACGUUGAUAGUAUGGCAUGGAGCGUCGCGAUACCAGAAAAAUGGUUCACCUACAGAACUUUGAUUCAGGACUUGUACUUGACAAGCAACUGAUCCUCUACCAUAAUUCAUCACCUCAUUCCUAAUUGUGGCGAAUGUAUUGGCGAAUCCAUUGGCGACGACUGGACGAGCACCUGAUGCUCUCCUUUCCUCACACAGUAUGGUCAUGUUCUCUAGAACCAUUACAUUCUCCAAAAUAUAUUUAAACAGCUUCAGUUCUUCAACUACGUUGUUUGUAAUUCGCCGAAUUUCCACCACCUUUAAGGUAUUAAGCAAAAAAUGAGGCCCAUCUGCUGGAGGAUUCCAUUCGUAUGUUUGGUUGCUGAACCUGCACUUAUCAUUCUCUUCGUAGGUGAAGCCUGUCGGAAAGAACUAGCGAUCCCCCAGAAAGGCAGAAUGUACAGCGUUUGGUCAGAAGAAAUUAAGAACCAUUAAUGAAUUGCCGCGAACAGAAUCUGAGCAAACCACAUCUACCAAUAGCAGGAUAAGGGUCUCCAGCAUCGGAGCAACUCCAAGCAGUCUUGGCAGCAACAUUGCACCAGCCACACCGUUAAAAUUCACCUCCAAGUGAACCAAUUUGUGAUACAUUGGUAAUCUUAUUUCAAGAGCGUCACUAAGGGACUAGUAUAGAACAAGAUUUCAAACAAAAUUAGAAACCAAAGAUAACAGUUUUAAAAGACAUGAAUGCAAU